AUGCCAGGAAUUGACAUCUCAAAACAACCAAAGACAUUAAAUAUCGUUGAUGCCAAUGUCAAAGAGCUUCUUCAUGCCCUCGAUAUUCGCGCCAUCACGAGUGUCCAGCUCGUAUCCUGCUAUUUCAAUCGAAUUGGAUACUAUGACUGCCGUGGACCUUCCUUGAACUCAGUCUGUGUCCUCAACCCGCAAGCAUUCGACGAGGCGCAACAAUCGGAUGAUUACCGUGCAAGUGGCCGGCCGCCACGGCCCCUGGAAGGAAUCCCAUUCACAGUCAAAGACAGCUUCAUGGUCAAAGAUAUGACAGUUGCGGCAGGAUCGCCUGCUUUCGCCGAUCUUUUAUCUUCCGAGGAUGCGGCUAUCGUCGCACUUCUUCGCAAGGCCGGAGCUGUCGUACUUGGCAAGACCAACAUGCCAGCAAUGGCAGACGGUGGAGCACAGCGUGGACUGUAUGGCAGAGCGGAAAGCCCUUACAAUCUGCAGUACUCGACUACUGCGUAUGCAUCCGGCUCUUCGAAUGGCUGUGGAACUUCCACUGCAGCGAGCUUUGCGGCAUUUGGCUUUGCUGGAGAAACCGUUUCUUCUGGGCGCUCGCCUGCCUCGAAUAAUGCACUCGUCGGAUACUCGCCUUCAAGGGGUGUGAUACCGAACAGGGGUCAAUGGCCACUUUAUCCGACGUGCGAUGUUAUCGUUCCUCAUACGCGAACGAUGGAAGACCUGUUCGCUGUGCUCAAUGUCAUUGUCGCUGAUGACGCCGAAGCCGCUAAAGGAAUCGACUUCUGGAGAAACCAAGCAUUCGUUCCAGUUCCCAGGGCGUCAGACGUCCGUCCAAAAAGCUACCACAAUUUGGCGGACCCAAAUGCCCUCAUGGGAAAGCGCAUUGCUGCCCCCAGAUGUUUCAUCGGCGCUCCGUCCGCAAAACCAUUCCAUGUCUGUGUUGAACCAGUACAGCAACUCUGGAAGAAGGCGAAAGCUACCCUGGAAUCUCUGGGGGCAAUGGUCAUUGAAACAGACUUCCCGCUACUUGAGAGAUAUAUGAAGCAGGACUUCCCGGGUCAAAGUUGCAAUGUACCUGGAAUUUCUAAUGAGUGGACAAGCAUCGAGCGUUGCCAGAUGAUUGCCACGGCAUGGGAUGAUUUCCUCAAAGCGAACGAUGAUGCAAACUGUCCGAAUCUUCUUUCUUCUAAUCCGCACAACAUCCACCCUCGAAUUGCACCGAUGGACGAUCCAUCAAAACACACCGAAGCUCAGAACCAAGUUCGCUACCCUGAAAUGUUCAACUCGGUCAGGGACAGGAAACACACUUUGUACAAUCUCCCAGGCGUUGAGAAGGCAGCUAAUUCUCUGGAAGAUAUGCGGAAACAAGAGUUAGAAGACUGGAUGGAUUCCAAUGGAUUCGAUCUUCUUGCAUUUCCCACGAAUGGCGACAUUGCCUCCGCAGAUGCCGAUGAAGACCUUGAGUCGAUGCUUCACGCUCUCCAAGACGGAAUCAAAUAUGCCAAUGGUGGUCGGGUCCUGAAGCAUUGCGGUGUUCCUUGCAUUACGCUCCCGAUGGGCACAUUGGAGAGUCAACAAAUGCCUGUUGGCUUGACCUUUGCAUGCAGAGCUUACGCGGACAAUGACAUGUUGCGAUAUGCGUUCGCGUACGAGGCAGCUUCUUGGGCUCGAACCAUUCCUGGAUUGACACCGCCCAUCGAAUCGGAUCACAUAUCGUUGGUUCCUUUAGGUACAGGAGGCUCAAUUGUCGCCAAGCCUUUGCUUGACAUUUCCUCUGCCAAAUGGGUCGCGUUGGAGGGUGGUAGGGAGGAAAUUCGUCGUCAAAUCUCUGUGGAGGGAACGGUACGGUCAAGCGACGCUGAUAUUGGGACUGAUUCUGUUCAGGUCUUCGUUGAUGGUAGCAAACUGGCAACGAUUCCUGUGAAAGGCGAGCAGUGGAAAUGGGAAACUUGUCUUUCUCGACCCAAUGUCGUCGAGCGUUUUCCGACAAUUGCCAAAGUACCAAAAGAUCAUCACCUUGUGGUCAUCAUUGCUUAUUUGGCAAAUGGAAGAAGUGCAGCAUCCAUGUUGUUGGUAGACUAG